CAAAAAAGAAGAGAGACCGUCGUCCGAACCUCGUCCGUCAUGGCGGGAGUGGCGUCCCUCAACACCGUCUCCCUCUCCGCGCCGUCGUCCGCGCCCCCGGGCCCGUCCGCGGGCCGCGGCCGCGUCCUCGUCCCGUCGGCGACCCGGCGCUUCCCGUCGCUGCGGGCCGCGCGGCGCGUCGUCGCGGCGCGGGCGCUGGACGCCGACGACGAGUGGGGGAAGGAGCCCGGGGAGGGGGCGACGGCGGUGGCGGAGGAGGAGGCGGCGCCCGCGGCGAGCGAGGUGGCGGCGCUCAAGCAGAAGCUCAAGGCGGCGCUGUACGGGACGGAGCGCGGCCUGCGCGCGUCCAGCGAGACCCGGGCGGAGGUGGUCGAGCUCAUCACGCAGCUCGAGGCGCGCAACCCCACGCCCGCGCCCACCGAGGCGCUCACCCUCCUCAACGGAAAGUGGAUCCUCGCGUACACGUCAUUUUCGCAAUUGUUCCCACUGUUGGGGUCUGGAACGCUACAAGCCCUUGUCAAGGUGGACGAAAUAUCACAGACUAUUGAUUCCGAGAACUUCGCGGUGCAGAACUGCAUUAAGUUUUCAGGACCUUUGGCAUCAAGUACAGUUUCUACCAAUGCAAAAUUUGAAAUCAGAAGCCCCAAACGUGUACAGAUCAAAUUUGAUGAAGGCAUCAUCGGCACUCCACAGCUGACGGACUCCAUUGUACUACCGGAGAAGUUUGAAUUCUUUGGUCAGAACAUAGACUUGACCCCGUUGAGCGGCAUAUUCACUUCGAUCGAAAAUGCAGCAUCCUCCGUCGCCAAGACCAUCUCAGGUCAGCCCCCACUCAAGAUACCAAUCAGUAGCGACAAAGCUGGGUCCUGGCUGCUCACAACUUACCUCGAUGACGAGCUUAGAAUCUCCAGAGGAGAUGGUAGCAGCAUCUUUGUGCUGUUCAAGGAAGGAAGCACUCUCUUGAUAUAGGCUAACUCUCAUAUCUUCUGGAAGUAGAAUCCGGGUUGAAUCCAAUAGAUAGGUGUGCUUGUGUUUUUAUUUGUUUGUCCGUGUGUUUAUAGUUCGUUCGUGCGGUGUUGUGGAUGUAAUGUGUAAUCUCAGAUGUCCCCGAACUACCUUAUGCGCUCCGUUGUAAGCUUGUACUCGUACUAGUUUCCAUAAGCUGUGGAGUACAAAAAUACUUGAAGUUUUCUUAUAGAAAGCUAAGGAAAUGCUUAAGCCUUUUCCC